CCACUGUCCCGACACCGACUUCGCUUCUGGAAAUCAACACGAACCACUGUCUGCAGAUCGCGGGGGUACAGACGCGUAAUCGACCACAGUCAAAGAAAUCACCCGGCUUCUGCUCUGCUCAAGCUUCAAGUUAGUCAUCCCUUGCAAAAUCCACUGUAAGCCACCGACCCCGCUGGCUUUGCGAUGUCAGUGCACUCUGCGGUCAUACCUCGCUUUUCCUCACCCAGACAUUGCUUCGUCAAUGCGUUGCCGAACGAAGUGCUUGAGAUGAUCUUUGUCUCCUCCGUCCCUCCAUUCCUCUCCGAGCCCACACCUGGCAGUGUCCAGCAAGCCGUCCGAUACAUGCAGCGCGUCGACGUGCGCGACUACCCCCAUCUUCUUGCCCUCGUCUGCCGCAGGUGGCAUGGGGUGGCUCGCGCCAGUCAGGCACUCCACUCCUUCAUGUUCGUAGACGUCGAGGAUGCGUACGACUUCCAGCAAGACAGCGCCUACUACGAGGCGUACCUCGCGCGCUCUGGCACCCGUCCUCUCACCCUCUCGAUCAAUGGCAUGCAGAGAACCUGCCUCGACCUCCUCGCUGCGUCGCCCUUUCAGGAUCACCUCCCUCGUCUGCGAUGGGCGUGCAUCGACAUGUAUGUCUACGAGCUAGCAGGUGAGGACGAAGAUGCUACCGGGUGCGAUGUGUUUCCCUUGUUCCCCGGGGUAGAGACACCGCUGUUGGAGACCGUGCACGUCGAUCUUGGUCAGGAUGGAGGGUAUUUCUCGACAGAGGGUGCGCAUGAGUACUUCAGCAGCCUGGGCGGAGAUGCUGUGGACGAGGACGACAGGAUCCUUCGGCAUGCGCCCCGCUUGGUGUCGUUCUCGAUGGACCGAUUCGACCCCGAGGGCCUGUGGACCCCUCUCUCGCUAAAGAACGCGGGGUUGGAUUAUGCUACGUUGACGUGCCUGCGACUUCCCUACGUCCAGCUCCGUGUGGUCGAGUGGUUCGAGCUUCUCGUCCUCUUGCCUGUCCUUGAGGUCUUCAGCUGCAGGGUAUUUAAUGUCGAGGAUGAAGAGGGGGAGGAAAUGGCGGAGGAGGAAGAAGAGGACGAUACGAAUGGGGACGGAACAUCCGAGCACGCAAGAUCAGAGUCGAGCCUGAGCGGCGAGGACGUCCAAUCAGGCGUCGACGGGAGCAACACCAACGCCGGCUUGCUCACGCUCCCCCAUCUGACCUGCCUGUCCAUCUUCAGUGAUUCCGAAAUAUGGGGUCCAACAUACCCUUUGGACGCGCGUACUGGCGUCGGCGAGUUCCUCGCGGGGCUGGUCCUCCCAUCCCUCACAGCAUUUGGCCUCAAGACGAACGAUUUUCGAUCUGCACCCGACGAAGAGGAGAGCACCGCAGCGACGAGCGCGGUUCCCUUCUUAACAUUCGAGAGAUUCCUGCCUCCCGCUCUCCAAGCCCUCGUACAACGCUCCGGGUGCGAGGUGCACGAGCUCACCCUCGACACGCCGUUCAUGAGACUUCACGACGUCGUCCGCUUGCUGAAGAUCCUUCCCGAACUGCGUGCGCUGCACCUUGAUCUGAACAUGCACGCUUGCCAGGACGCAGGCAAGCUGCUGGGGCGGCUAGCACGCCGGUCAGAGGGAGGUGCCCUCGACCUCGUCCCCAAGCUCACCCAACUAGUCCUCGAUAACCAGGAGAAGGACGUUCACCAUGGACAAGGCGCGGUUCCCCUCAGCGAGCUCCUUACGUUCGUUGGGGAACGAUGGCCCGUGGGUUGGACGGACUGGCAGAUCGCGAGUGUACGAGCGGUUGUCAGUGAAGAUCUGGAGAAUAUAGAAAAGGAUGGCGCGUCAGAAGAGGGGAAGGGAAAGGUGCAAGAAUUCUCGAUACCAGAACACUGGAAGGACCUUCGCAGUGUGAGGAGGCGCGGCGACAUCGAGUUGGUGAUGGAGUACUUGGAUCCGAAGGAAUGAUGAGCGAAGUAAUCUAUCCAUUUCGUAAUUGAAUGGCGGGCUCCAGUGAGGCAUCGUGCAAUGUAUUUACCUGAGAACUAACGGUGUCACG